AUGUCAGUGUUUUAUAAUAAGGUUAUCACUGCUCUUGACAAGUUUAUGCCCGUCAAACUUUGCCGCUUAAAUACCAACGACAAACCAUGGAUGACCAGUUACAUCAAGAACCUUAUUGUUAAACGUCAACGCGCUUGGAAGAAAGGCAAUGUCCCACUUCGCAACUUUUUCCGAAACAAAGUAUCUAAAGAGAUUAAGCUUGCUAUGGGAAAUCAUUAUAGGUAUAAUCUUGAGAACACAAGGUCCUGCAACCCCAGAAAAUGGUGGAAGGGUGUUAAAGCAAUAACUAGGCAGAAACCAAACAAGAUUCCUAAUAAGUUAAGAUUUGGCGACCAUGAAGCAACUGGGGUUGAAUUAACAGAAUUAAUUAAUAGUGUGUUUUUGCGGAUCAUUGACGAAUACCAGCCCCUGGAACCAGUACCCACCCCUCCAGAUUUUAUAGUCCCUGAUAAUUUCUUACUAUCAACUUGUCAAGUGUCCCGAAAACUGUCCAACCUAAAUGCCAAGAAGUCCUGUGGUCUGAAACCUAUCCCUACCAUUGUGUUAAAGAAUUUGAGCACAAUUCUAGCCCCACCUUUAACUAACAUCUUUAAUUCUUGCUUAAUGGAAGGUUGUUUUCCAUCUGAAUGGAAGAGUGCUGAUGUCUGCCCAGCCCCCAAGAAAACCAAAGUUGUAGAUAUAGAGAGUGAUUUAAGACCCAUAUCACUUUCCUCACCAGUUGCGAAAGUUUAUGAGAGUCAUCUUAACUCACUACUACUUAACCAUGUUGGCUCCAAAUUGGAUGAUCGCCAUUUCGGAUCUGUCAAAGGUUCGUCCACAACUUGUGCAUUGGUGGAUCUCAUGAACUUCCUAUAUUCCAAUACCGACAACCCAAACGAUGCAAUAAGACUCUGUUUUUACGACUUGAGUAAAGGCUUUGAUAGAGUGGACCACUACAUUUUACUGGAUAUUCUGAGAGAGUUGGAGGUCCAUCCUGUUCUAAUUCAGAGUAUUCGUAGUUUCUUGACAGGAAGACAUCAAGGAGUGUGUGUUGACGGUUUUUCGUCUGAGUGGAAACCGGUAUCAGCUGGAAUUCCGCAGGGUAGUGUUCUGGGACCUACCCUUUUCCUAUUAAUGGUAAACGCCUUGGCUUACAGAGAAUCGUGGAGAUGGAAGUAUAUGGACGACCUGACUGUUAGUGAGACCCUUCGUAUUGUGAAUAACUCUCGUGCUCUACUAAUCUUCAGCAAAGUUCGAAUAAUAUUUGUGAAUUUGUACACGAAAAGAAAAUGA